AUGUGUGUCGCCGGAAGUGUCGCCGGAAGUGUCGCCGGGGGUGUCAUUAGAUGUGUCGCAAGGUGUGUCGCCGGGAGUAUAGCCAGGAGUGUCGCUAGGUGUGUCGUCGUGUGUCGCCAGUGUGCCGACUGUGUGCAUCUCCGGGUGUCACCAAGCUUGUCUCCAGGAGUAUCACCAGAAGCGUCGCAAGGUGUGAUGCCUAGUGUGCCGCCGGGAGUGUCGCAAGGUGUGACGCUAGGAGCGUCGUUGGCAGUGUCGCAAGGUGUGACGCUAGGAGCGUCGUUGGCAGUGUCGCAAGGUGUGACGCUAGGAGCGUCGUUGGCAGUGUCGCAAGGUGUGACGCUAGGAGCGUCGUUGGCAGUGUCGCAAGGUGUGACGCUAGAAGCGUCAUUGGCAGUGUCGCAUGGCGUGACCUAG